AUGAAAUAUUUGCAAAAAGACGAUAAUGUAAUGUUCUUUGUUACAGACAAAGCUUCCGCCCCUAAGAGAAGACGUGGUCAAACAAUGGGUAAGGGAAUUAUGAAAGCAUUUGGUGCCACUGGAAAGAAAAUGAAGAUAGAUGUGGAUCCACUGAUUGGACGGCCAAAAAGUCGAGAGCAAUCUGCAAAGCUCUCAAGUAAAAUUGGUGUUGUAGCUCGUGAUGUGCUUCCAGUGCCAAAAAAAUGGAAAGAAAUGGCUGACGACAAAUUUUUGGAACCCGGCAUCGAUCAUAUCAAGAUUCACAUGGAUGUGAACUUGGAUGUGCCGGGUGUGAGGCAUUGCUUGGUGGAUAGGAUAAAAUCAACUUCUCGACAAAUGCGUUACAGGAUGCAUAAGCAUUUCAAGAACUAUGCAACCCUACAAGAGGCUAAGGAUAAUAAACCACCAUUUUGUGCCAGUAAAGAAAAUUGGGAGGAACUCUGUGAUUAUUUUGCAUCAGCUAAGUUUAAGCACCAAAGUUUGGCUAACACUGUGAAUCGACAAUUGUUAAGGACACCGCAUAUAUCUGGGAGAACUCCUUUUUCUACUCUUCAACAUGAAAUUGCCGAGAAAGAUGUUAAUGGAGAUGAUAAUGAAGCUGCUAAUGGAGAUGCUGGGGACGUGAUUGAGUUCUACAAACUCACACAUCGCACGGACAAACAUGGUUGGUCAACUGAGGAGGCAAAAGAAAAUUGGUAUUAG